GGUUUAUUGUUAGCAUUAAUCCCUCUAGACCUGUAGGAGCUGAACAGGCAAGUCAGAGAAGAGAAGUUCCUUGGUCUGGGGAAAUUUCAGCUUUAACUCUGGAGAAGAUGGGUUGCAAACAAGAGGAUGAUGGCACUUCCUGGAAGAAACCGACUGCCAACAUCAGAAAAACAUUUGUUUUCAUGGAAGCACUUGGAUCAGGAGCCUUUUCGGAAGUUUUCCUGGUGAAGCAUAGAAUCACUGGCAAGCUUUUUGCUUUGAAGUGCAUUAAAAAGUCACCAGUCACCCAGGAGAGCAACCUGGAGAAUGAAAUAGCUGUGCUGAAGAAAAUAAAGCAUGACAACAUAGUAACACUUGAAGACAUUUAUGAAAGCACAACUCACUAUUAUCUGGUAAUGCAACUAGUGUCUGGAGGAGAAUUAUUUGACCGUAUUUUAGAACGAGGUGUUUACACUGAAAAGGAUGCUAGUAUUGUAAUUCAGCAAGUCCUGGAAGCAGUACAUUAUCUUCAUGAAAAUGGGAUAGUACAUCGAGAUCUAAAGCCUGAAAAUUUACUCUACUUAACUCCAGAAGAGGACUCCAAAAUUAUGAUAACAGAUUUUGGUUUGUCUAAAAUGGAACAGAAUGGCAUCAUGUCUACAGCAUGUGGAACUCCAGGAUAUGUUGCUCCAGAAGUGUUAGAACAAAAGCCAUACAGUAAAGCUGUGGAUUGCUGGUCAAUUGGAGUUAUUACCUACAUCCUCCUGUGUGGAUACCCUCCUUUCUAUGAAGAAACUGAGUCAAAAUUGUUUGAGAAGAUCAGAGAAGGAUACUACGAAUUUGACUCUCCAUUUUGGGAUGAUAUCUCUGAAUCAGCCAAAGAUUUCAUUUCUCAUUUACUCGAGAAGGAUCCAAAUAAGAGAUUUACCUGUGAGAAAGCCCUCAGGCAUCCCUGGAUUGAUGGAAACACAGCUCUCUACUGUGACAUCUAUCCAUCUGUCAGUGUACAGAUCCAAAAAAACUUUGCAAAAAGCAGGUGGAAGCAAGCCUUCAAUGCUGCAGCUGUGGUCCAUCAUAUGAAGAAACUACACAUGAAUGGUCAUCAUGCAGAGGACAAUGUCAAAAGCCAAGUGCAAGUACAAAUUACAUCAACGCCUAAUACAUCAUCCAUUACUUAUAAGGAACAAUCAAGUCAAGAAACCAAAAAUUUGAUCCCUGUAAUAUCCUAUCAGAAUACUUCAGAUCUUCAUGGCCUACAUGCCAAGAAGACAGAAAGCAAAUAUUUAGAUAACCCGGGGAGCACAUCAGUCCAUAUGACUUCUGUAACUACAACAGACAGCCAGAGCCAUCCAAGCAGACCUUCAGUUAGCUGUACUCCAGAAGGUGGGACGCGAGACAAAGUGAAGGCGACUUUUUGCUCAGAAGCAGUACUCAUAAAAAGAGAUGCCAAGACACAUCACUUCAACUCAGAAGUCCUUGUUCCAGUAAAAGCCACUAAUCACACCUAUUUUGGCAGUGGUCAAACUGGUGUUUGCUUGGUAAUGUGAUUGGAAAAAAACCUACUAUAUGUACAAAACAUAUACCUUUACAGGUAUGUAUAUGUGUACAAUUCAUGUUCACUUUUCUAGCAAAGAAUAGUGAAGCAUUUAAAUAUUGCCACGAUUUCAUGAUCCCCCAAUUAUGUCAGCAGUUUUGUUCAUAGAAAGGUGUGUACCCCAGCCUUCACUAUGGAGAUGCCAGGACUACUUUGCCCAAGCUGGCCAAGUAGGGAGGCACAAAAAAACAAACUUCAAUGAGCAGCUUGUUUUACAGAUACCCUGAGACCAAUGUGGUGGGUUUCUACCAAUUCGGCCUGGUUCGGCCAAACUGGUAGUUGCUUGGCAACCUGGGCCGCUGGAACCAGCAAUGACCCAAGCCUGCCACACCCCCAAAUCAGUUUUCUUGGCAGAACCAUAGGUGCCAUCUUGUUUUUUGUUUCUGCACAUGCACAGUGCAAUUUUAGUUGUUAUGCAUAUGCACACGAACAGCACACCCCUGAGCAAACCAGCAGUAAUCUCUGCUGGAACCCACCACUGCCUGAGACCAUGUAUCUUUUUGCAGAAAUGUGUACUGUAUAUAUUUCUUCCAAGCUGAGUUCUUUAUUGUUUCCACAACUAUAGACAGAAUCUUACCAGACUAAACACUACUGUCUGCAUUACUGUUGUAUACUCUGAGAAAUAUUAGGGAGGAGUAGUCUUCACCCUCUUUCUCUCACACAAAAUAUCUGGACUGAAUUGUCUCUUUUUUCUCUGGAAUACACCCCUUGCCUUCUUGAAAUCCAGCUUGCUACAUUCCAUUACUGACCAUAAAAUUAUCUAGGAUAUGCCUUGUUCCAGACAGCUACCGUGAACUAACAAAUUGUUAAAUUUUCCAUUAUAUGAUUAUAUUUUAUAUUAUAUAUUGUUUUCAUCACAUAGUUUAUAGUCUCAAUAUUAAGACUGUUUAUAUAUAGAUUUACUAUUUUAAUAUAUUGUAAUAGUAACACUAGAUUUUAGAUAUCUUUUAUAGAUUUCACUGAAACAAUAGUAAUUUUUAUUGAUGUUAUUGUAUGCUCUUCUAUAACCCAAUAAAAUAAAUACAGGUUAAAAAAACUGAUUUUAUGAGACUUUAUAGUUAUCAUUUUAAUAACAGUAUAAAUAAGUAUAGCAAUUCUUAUAAUUAAUUUAGUUUUUAUAAGAAAAUGAAAACAGACAGAAAACAAUUUUCGGUUGGAAAUUAUUAUAUUGUGCAUAAAACUAUAUAGUAGUUUUUGCCAAGUUACUUUCUUCACCACAACUAGGUAAGAACAAUAAAUCUCAACAAAUCUUUUUUUUUUCAAAAGAAACCAAGAUUUCCUGGAAAACUUUUUUUCCAAUAAAAUGCAGAUCACAUGAUUUCUAUUUUUCUCCUCUCUUUUCAGAAGGGCUGCUUGAUAUUCCUAUUGAAAACUGACCAUCAAAUAUCAACCAAGCAGAAAGGGAAGGCCUGUCUUGAACAAUGCCAUGGAGGACUGUGUUCCUAGAUGCCCACAGCAGAUACUUUCUAUAAAGCACAUCCAUAGAACUGAAGAGUUCAUAUGGUUCAACUAUCUUGAAAUAUUAGAGGGUUGUUUCAUAUAAACUGGGAAACAAUUCUUAAAAGAAAGGUUCUGUAAUCAGUGGGUAAACAUGAUCAAACUCUUUAUCGGGAAGGUGGGGAUUCAUGUUUGUACAUCUGUGCUUGUUCAGUAGACUAAAGAGCAGUUGCAAGGGGUACAGUGUUGUUUUUGUGUUGAGUCCAUUAGACCAGUUGGUUGAAGCAGAAAAUAUCCCAUGCUGGCUUGCUUGUGGCCCUUUAAUUCAUGAUACGGAAGCAAUUUGCUAAGAAUGCUUGUUGGCACUGCUAUUUCUUCCAGCACUGUUUGCAUGAGUUGAUUCCACAGGAAGGAAGGGGGCACAGUCUCUACUUCAUUCAUUAAUUUUUGCUUGUCAGUUCUGGAAUUGCACAUGUAAUAUACAUUGUUCAAUAAAGUUUGUCGGUUCUUAAAUGCCUGACAGUUAUUUAUUGAUGGACUAAUGUAGAUCACCAAUCUCUCAGUCUCAGAUUUGUUUCUGGCCGUACAAGUAGUUCCCCAACUUACACAAUGGAGCCCAGAAUUUCUGUUGUUAAGUGAGUCAUUUGUUAAGCAAGUUUUGUCCAUUUUAUGACCUUUCUUGC